UUACCAGAGCCAAAGUCUUUUUAUCCAUUGCGUAUAUUUACCGCUGUGUUAAUUCUUAUAACAUAUACGGGGUAUUGUAUAUUUUUAAUUUGGCAAAUAAGUCGAGAUAGCCCUGUUCUAAGAGAUUUUCAAGAGUUUGAAGAUUUAUUGCCGGUUCCUGACAUACAAAUCUGCGGGUGGCAGAAUGAUAUACAAAUAGAAAGAUGCGACUUCCUAUGGAACAACUCAACUGUAACAACAUACGAAAAUUGUACCGGACCUAUCCAAAAAUUAUAUCAAUCACCAAAUAGAAUAAACCUAAACGAUUUUUGUUAUUUGUUCACUAUUGUGGAUAAAACGAUAAAAUAUGGGCGUUUGGAUAACGAUACUCUAAAGAAUAUCGAUUUUUAUUAUAAGAUUUUGAAUAUGACAAGUUUUUCAGAGUAUUCUAUUUCUGUUGCUACGAUUGCUAUACAAUUGUAUGAUCCGAGUUUUAAUCCUGUUUGGGAUGGAACACAAUUACGUGGAAUGGUCGAUGAUGCGAUGAAUCAAAAUUUCAAACUAGAAUUUAAUACUUUUGCCGGAAUAUAUAAUUAUUCUUCUCUGGCUAAAAUCCAAAGAUCAGUGUUCAGAUCAAUUUUACCAGGCGAUAUUAGCGCAAUCUUUGGCUUUAAUCCCAGUUAUCAUAACACAACUACUUAUUCAGUGAAUCCAGAAUAUUUUCCACUCCAUUUGAGUCAAAAUAUAACUGAUGAAGAAUAUUCCGGUCACUUUUCAGUAAAGGUUGGAACUUUUUCACAGGACGUGCGCGAGCAGCAACGGACCCAUACUAUUUUGGGUGCACUGGGUCUUGCUGGAGGUGGUUUUGGGGCAUUAUGUGGAAUUUAUGUUGCAUUGUUUGGAGAAGCGAGGUUACGGCCAUGGGGAUGGAUGCAUCAUGCAGCCAAGGCCUCAAUAUCACAAAAAUUACGAGCACUUGAUCCAACCAAUAUACCUUUUGUAACGUCACUAGUAGUCACCGGACGAAAUAUAAACCCUGUCGAAGAACGAACUAGACGACUCGAAGAGCGCAUCGAUGAAUUAGAAGGAAUCUUAUCAGAUUAUUUCCUUGAUGGAAGGUUUUUGGCUAAAUUGCAAACACGACGUGCUGCUACUAUGACUUCUAUAUUGGCCGAUAGCACAAUGGAUAAAGCAAAUAACGAAGUCGUUUCUGACAAAGUGGUUGGUGACGAUGAAACAAGGGCAAAUAUUGAGUAA